CGUCUUCCCUGUGAUCUGCCACGUCGACCCGACAGCUGCUGCGAAGACACCGCCGCCUGUGUGCAGUUAUUUCACUGAGGGGGAAGGAAAUAUUGACAGCAGAGGUCUGAGUCCACUGUCAACCUCCAGUGUUUGUUUAAGUGAACUUCACACCCUGAUCUGGUGUCAUCAUGGCUUCAGGGCGAGGAGAUAUUCCAGCCCUCGAGUCUGGCCUGUCCUCAGGUCUUUGUGGCCAUCUGUCAUCUCCCAUGAGGAUGACUCGGCACAACAUUAGCUACGAUGAGCACAUAGAUUCCCCCAUGCAUUCACCCCCCGUGGACGUGACAAUGAACUUCCUUUGGAAAGACCCCGUCAUCCCCCAUCACAAGUUUAGGAACGCAGCCGAGGUAACUGAGAAUGACGACAAGCACCUGGUACAAGAGGCACAAAUGCAACAAAAGUCUGCAGUGUCUGUUGUAAAGGCCAAAGCCUCCACGUUUAUGAGCUCCCUCAUGAUAAAGCAAUCCCAAGAAAACCUUGAAAGGUUUGAGCACCAGGCAGGACUGACAGAAACGGUUUAUUCACCCCACAAGGGCCUCUCUGCAGAGGAGACUCGCCUCCAUCGACUAACUGAUGGCAAAAUGCCAAAGUUGAGAAUGCCAAGUGGGGACUUCAAGGAGGACAGGCUCACAACAUCUGCACAAUCGACCCCGAGUGUCACCCCCUCUGUUACCCCCACUGUCACGCCCCACUCGUCACCAGCUGUUAAUCGCAGGAACUGGCGGCAGAUAAGUUCAGCACCUUGUCUUACAAUUCCAGAGCCGGAAGGAUUAAACCUACACGUAGACAUGGGAGGAAAUGAAGGAGGCGGAGGUGGAUUGGACAGGUGGAACCUCUUUGGAUCUCGGUCCGUGGUGCACAAAUCUCCCACGGAUCCUGGCUCCGAAACAAGCACAGGCUUCUCGCUGCAAUCCUACUUUGGCCUGCACAAGUCCUCCACGAUGGAUGGCACAAACACCCAGAUCAACCUCAAGGUGGAAGACCCUGCCAAGUUCAUGCCCCCCAAGAUUGAAAUCUCAGUCUCUGAACCCAAGCAGGUUUCACAGCGACCACACAAACUUAAACCUCGGGACAUGAAUGUUUUAACACCUUCAGGCUUCUGAAGUCAGACCAGCUGUCACCUUGCUCCUCUGUGCCACAGCCACCCCCCCCCCCCCCCCUUUAUGUGGUUGUUCGUUGUGCUUCCCUGCAUUAUUCUGCUCCAGAACAAACUUCCCUGAGGCUGAGAGGAAUGGGGACCAUCUUCAAGAACAUCGUUGUACUCUUACUCCCACUAGCAGAGGAUUCCAAAUGAUCUUCAAAAUGGUUCUGCUUCCAACUCAAUGGUCCAAAGAAAAAGAAAAAACAUUUAAUCCCCCCACCCCCUAAAAGAAAGAUGUUUUGUCAUCACUUAUUUGGCGUGUUUGAAUGCAUUGUCUCAUCCCUUUCUUCUUGUCAGACGUUUCUAAAAUCCAGUCAUUUUAGCAUUGCCUUUUGUGCUAACACCGACAACCUAUUUCAUUUUCCCCUGACUUUGUUAUUCUUUAAUUGCCAUUUUAAAUAAGCUCACAAARGUAUGUGUAGUGUUUUCUUUGUUAGCAUGCAGAAUAUUUUAUGGCGUGUGAUUGAUAAUGUGCCUAAACUUGCAGUGUGCUUGAUUUAGGAAUCAAAGUUUUUAUUAUUAUUAUUAUUAUUAUUAAUAUCUGAAAGUAUCUUAUUGUAUGGCUUUUACCCCAAAGUGACCCAACCCCCCCUUAAAUUAAUUUUUUUUCCAGUUAUUUUCACAUUGCCUUGCUUUGUAUCCAUUUUGUUUAUUUUAAAUAGUUGUACAUUUCGUGGGGUUUUAUUGUCACAACAGUGUGUGACUGCAAUACGACUAAACAGGUUGAAAUCAUCUGCAUUUAAAAGGCUGUUUAUGUUUGKAGUUUCUUGUGUCUAAGGACUUAGCUGGUUUAUUGAAAAACAGUUUUAUUCUGCCAAGUAUUAUUGCACAAGGGAGAAUAUCUCCCACUGAGAUCUGUAAAUAAAUUUAAUCAUAACAAAUGUA